UGGUAGGGGUGAUGGCGUCAUUUUAUGCCCUGCUGUAGCCUCCUGCUCCAAUUGCGAAGGGGAGACGGAUCUUUGGCCGACGCGACCGUGGCUCCCUUGGCCGGGAUCGAGCACCGCCGAGCCGGACACCUCACCCCGGGAAACAUGGAGGCUGUGGCCGACGAGCUGCUGGCCGGCUCUCGGGUACCUGUCACUAUCGAUCAAAUAGUUAACGAUACACUGGUGGUGACGCUGACCUAUCGAGAAAGGAGUUACACGGGGAUAUUACUUGAUUGCGACAAAAAGACUGGGCUAUUCUGUCUACCGGAAUUUACAGCGAAACCGGAGGACUGCCCGAUAUCUAAAUCUGCUUGUGAAAUCCCAGAAGUUCUGAGUGAGGAGCCAGUUUCCAAAUCUCCCAGCCAGGCUUCAGACAGACCAAAGGAUGAAAACUCUCUCCCUGAAAGCAGCAUACCUACUGCACCUCUUCCCUGCCCCGUACCCACACCAGUGCCCGCUGGACAGACUCCUUACCCUCCUUAUUUUGAAGGAGCCCCGUUCCCCCAGCCCUUAUGGGUGCGUCACAGCUACAGCCAAUGGGUACCUCAGCCCCCUCCACGACCAAUCAAGAGAAAGAAGAGGCGGACACGAGAGCCUGGCCGCAUGACCAUGAGUACUAUCCGUCUGCGGCCACGGCAGGUACUAUGUGAAAAGUGCAAGAACACACUGAACAGUGAUGAGGACAGCAAAGAUGGCAUGAGCAACACCAAGGCCUCUAGAAAAGAGAACUCACUACAGAGCGACGAUGACGGAGAUGAUAAGGAUACCCCCACUAAGCUGUCACGAAAAGAGGAUGUAGUCGCAACUAAGGACACUAAGAGACGGGAAAAUGGAACCAGCCUUGACAGCAAGCGCCUCAGGAAGGACAAAAGGGGGGAAACUGAAGGGGAGAAGUUCCCCGGAGGUGACGUUAUCCCCCACAGUCCCGUCAUAAAGAUCUCCUACAGCACUCCACAGGGCAAGGGGGAAGUUAUGAAGAUCCCCGCGCGAGUCCACGGGUCCGUCAAGCCGUUCUGCCCCAAACAGCUGGUGCAGAACGGCUUGGGAGAAAACGGCAAGAUGACUUCCGAUCCUACCAAGGAACAACGGCACAUUCUAGAUGCCACAAGGUCUGGCCUCACAGUGUCCAUUCCCAAACUCAAACUGACCAGGCCUUUCACGACCGUGGGUCAGGACUUGCCUUCUCCAAAGAUCCGCUUGAGACCCCCUCAGCAGGAGGGCGACGAGAGCGUGGUCGAGUAUGAGGCAGAACUUGUAGGAGGCGCCAGGAGACGUAGCCCUAGGGUACCUGGCCCGUGUCUCCCCCACUCUGAAGACUCAGGGGAAGGCAAGAACUCUCUGGAGUUAUGGUCAGGGAGUUCGGGGGAGGAGGCGGACCGCGGCCACAGCGACCUCACCCUUCUCAUCAAUUUCCGUAAGCGCAAAGCGGAUUCUUCUAGCCUGUCGGUUUGCAGUAGUGACAGCCUAGAUGAGUCCAAGUCCUUCAGCUCGGAUGGCACAUCACCAGAGCUGUGCGAUUUGGCGCCCGGCGAAGACCUUUCCGUGACCUCAUCUUCCGUACCCUCUCGGGAGGACUGCAAGACAGUGCCGCCGCUUACGGUGCGACUUCACACCCGCAGCAUGGCAAAGUGUGUAACGGAAGAGGGUCACGCCGUGGCGGUGGGCGACAUCGUGUGGGGGAAAAUCCACGGUUUCCCCUGGUGGCCCGCACGCGUCCUCAACAUCAGCGGUACCCGCAAACAGGAGUCGGCCAAUUGCGAGGCGCAGUGGCCCCAGGCAAAGGUGGCGUGGUUCGGUUCGCCGACCACCUCCCAACUCUCGGUCGCCAAACUGUCACCCUUCAGAGAGCUCUUCAGGUCCCGCUUCAACCGCAAAAAGAAAGGGAUGUACCGGAGAGCCAUACUGGAGGCAGCCAAGGCCGUGGGUCACAUGAGCCCAGAGAUUACAUCGCUACUUUCCCACAGCGACACGUAGAGGCUGAGGACUAAAGAGAGGUCUCCGAGGUUUUUUCCUGAAUUCUCAGACUCUGUCAUCAAGACCCAGGAGGGGAGUACGUGUGGUUGCCAUGGCUACUAUUUAUAUGCCGUUUUUUUUUUUUUUUUUUUUUCACAAGGCUGGUGGAAAAUGGCCGCCAAGGUGGAGUGUUGUUGAGACUGGAUAAGGGAGCAAAAAAACAAGGCCAGGCAUCUCAUGGUCUACUAUGAACUAAACAAUUCCUCUCCUUUUUGUUUUUGUUUUCCUUUUUUUUUUUUUUUUUUUUUUUUUAAGAUUCAAUCAUAUUUCAAUAAUAGAGCCGAAAUAAUGACACUACAGGAAACCCGAAUGUAUUUAUUAUCUGUCACGGUUUGAGUCCCACCUUCCUACUACAGUCGUGCAAAACCUCCCAGUCUGCUGCUGUCACUAUCACGGUCCUUGCCGCCCGAUGUGUUCACUGCGAGGUCCGACUCGUCCAGCCGGAGGACGCCGGUGGCUUCCUCAAAGAAACCCCCCCCCCACCACCACCACCACCACCCUCCACUACCCCGUU